CAUUUCCCUUACAUGGGAUUUUGCAUUUCAACUCUCGUAACUAAACACCAAAUAGAAGAAGAACAUUCCGAGAAUUCAGUUUCAUUCUGGCGGCCUGUUUUCUUUGUUUGUUUCUUCUUCUUCUUCUUAUUUCUCAAAAUGCAGCUUCAUAUCUCGCCCAGUCUACGCCUCGUAACCGUUUUGCCGGCCAAAGGGGUUAAAGAAUUCAUCAAGGUGAAGGUUGGCUCCAGAAGAGUUUCGUAUCGGAUGGUUCUUUAUUCCCUUUUAUUCGUCACCUUUCUUCUCCGCUUCUUGUUCGUCAUCACCGCCGUCGAAACCAUUGAUGGUGAAACCAAGUGCUCUACAUUAGGUUGCUUGGGGAAAAGAUUAGGACCGGGGAUUUUGAGAAGGCGGCUCGAAUCAUCUGUACCAGAAGUGAUAUAUCAAGUUCUCGAAGAACCUGUUAAACAAGAUGGAAUACAAGGAGGGGUUGAGGUCCCUCAGUCACUAGAAGAGUUUGUUAGUGAAAUGAAGGACAGUGGAUCAGAUGCUGAGACCUUUGCUAUCAAGCUUAAAGCCAUGGUCACAUUCCUUGAACAGAGGACUAGAACAGCCAAAAUCCAAGAGUACCUUUAUCGUCACGUGGCAUCAAAUAGCAUACCUAAACAGCUUCAUUGCCUUGCCUUAAGGCUAGCCAAUGAGCACUCCACCAAUGCCAACGCGCGCCUCCAGCUCCCCACGCCAGAGCUCAUUCCAUCCCUUGUCGACAACUCACUCUUCCACUUUGCCCUCGCCUCUGACAACAUCCUUGCCGCCUCUGUGGUGGCAUCAUCACUUGUUCGCAACUCGUUGUACCCCAGAAAGGUUGUCCUUCACAUAAUCACGGAUAGGAAGACCUAUUCACCAAUGCAGGCUUGGUUCUCAUUGCACCCUCUAACACCAGCCAUCAUUGAGGUCAAAGGGCUGCAUCAUUUUGAUUGGUUCACGAAGGGGAAGGUCCCAGUGUUGGAAGCCAUGGAGAAAGACCAGAGAGUGAGGUCACAGUUCAGAGGAGGCUCUUCUGCCAUUGUUGCAAAUGAUACCGAAAAGCCUCAUGUCAUUGCAUCAAAGUUGCAAGCGCUUAGUCCAAAGUACAAUUCACUGAUGAAUCACAUUCGAAUUCAUCUACCUGAGUUGUUUCCUAGCCUGAACAAGGUAGUGUUUCUCGACGAUGACAUUGUGAUCCAAACCGACCUUUCGCCUCUGUGGGACAUUGACAUGAAUGGGAAGGUCAAUGGAGCAGUAGAAACAUGUCUAGGAGAGGACAAGUUUGUGAUGUCAAAGCGGCUCAAGAGCUACUUGAACUUCUCCCAUCCAUUGAUAUCGAAGAAUUUCAAUCCUGACGAAUGUGCAUGGGCAUAUGGCAUGAACAUCUUUGAUCUAGAGGCUUGGAGGAAGACCAAUAUAAGCCACACAUACCAUUACUGGAUUGAAGAGAACUUGAAAUCGGAGUUGAGCUUGUGGCAGCUAGGGACAUUACCACCGGGGCUAAUAGCAUUCCAUGGUCAUGUUCACAUUAUUGAUCCAUUCUGGCACAUGCUUGGCCUAGGGUACCAGGAGAACACGAGCAUGGCAGAUGCUAAAACAGCGGGUGUCAUCCAUUAUAAUGGGCGAGCAAAGCCGUGGUUAGAUAUAGCAUUUCCACAGCUUCGGAAGCUGUGGACGAAGUAUGUGGACUUCUCAGAUAAACUCAUCAAAAGUUGUCAUAUUAGGGCAUCUUAGAAUGGAUGGAUGUUGAGAGGAAUGUUUGGAUGACAAAAGAUGAGCAGCUUGUAUAGUUGUAAAUGGGAACCACAAAAGUUGAGAUGGAGAGAGUUGUUCACAAUUCCAGAUCCUUGAUUCCAAAUGUAAGAUGGAAGCAGCAUCAGGCUUCAAUCUUUUUUUCCUUGAUGAAAAUUUUCUUUUCUGGAGU